GCGUGUUAAUAAGUUUUCCUAAAGGAAGUGUCUGUAGUUCAAACGGGAGCUCAACGGAAGUGACGAUAAACUACGGAAGAACCGUAGAGGACGCUCUUCACCACCAGCCGCUUGACCAUCAGUUAUUGUUAUUUACAGGACUAAAUCAUGUUGGCCUGUUACAGAAGGCAAACACCCCCAAAAUCCACACGACUAAAAUAAAUAACUUAAAAGUUUCAUUUUCAUUUUGUUUUUUUUAACGGAGCGCGCAUGGACGGAGUGUUUAACAUGAGGCGAAUCUCCGUGAAAAAACUUUGUUCUUUUUGUCUCUGCGCGUGUGCGUUUGCGUUUUUAGUCAUGACAUUUCAGAUGUUUAUCUUCUGGCCCCUGGGAAAUCUCACUAACAUUUGGAUAAAUCUCUACCCUAUCCUCAUCCUUGGUUAUUGAGCUGUUGGGCCAGUUUGAGCAGACUGAACACAGACAGCAGAUUAAACGCUUUGAGGACAUUAAAGUUCAGGCGAACGCUCAUGUUUCAGAUGUCCAGUACCCUGUCAUCGUGUGGUGGUCUCCUCUGACUGGAGAACUGGGACGUCUUGGAGAGUGUGGUCAUAACAGAUGUUUCUUCACUGUUAACAAGUCAUAUUAUUCCCAUCCACAGACUAAAGCUUUUCUUUUUUAUGGCACUGAUUUCAGCAUUGAAAGUCUUCCUCUUCCGAGACACAAGCAGCAUCAGUGGGCACUAUUUCAUGAGGAGUCUCCCAAAAAUAACUACAAGCUUUUCCACAAGCCACUCAUUACCCAAUUCAACCACACAGCAACCUUCAGCCGCCACUCUCAUCUGCCGCUCACCACACAGCACCUGGAGGACAUCAACACCCUCACCGCACAAACACACCUGCUGCCUCUGUCCUACAAAAACCACCUCAGGCAAACUCUGGCGCCUGUUGUCUACGUCCAAUCUGACUGUGACCCACCGUCUGAUAGAGACACAUACAUCCGAGAGCUCAUGCAGCACAUUCAAGUGGACUCAUACGGACAGUGUCUUCAUAAUAAAGACCUGCCGCCCCAUCUGAGAGACUCUACCGCCAUGGACGAUCAGGAUUUUUACAAGAUCCUCGCCCAGUACAAGUUCAUCCUGGCCUUCGAGAACGCUGUCUGUGACGAUUAUAUAACUGAGAAACUGUGGAGGCCUCUCAAACUAGGUGUUGUUCCUGUGUAUUAUGGAGCACCAAACAUACACAUGUGGUUGCCAGAUAACCAGAGUGCAAUAGUGGUCAAUCCCAACGAGCCGCCGAAGAAGCUCGCUCAGUAUUUAAAGAGGCUGGACAAGAACGACUGGGAGUAUCUGAAAUAUCUAGAGUGGAAGCACAAGCGGGAAAUCACGAACAUCAAUCUGCUGAAAGAGCUGAAGGAACGGCCGUGGGGUGUCCAGGACAUCACUCAGGAUAACUUCAUCGACGUCUUUGAGUGCAUGGUGUGCAGCAGGGUCUGGGAGAACAUCCACAGGCAGGAAGAGAAGCUUCCACCUAAAGUCUGGCGAGCUGAAGAAAGCCACCUCACGUGCCCGCCUCCAAAGCUCUUUGACUUCGCCUUGAGCUCCAGCUCGUCUCUUCGGCAGAUGUGGGGAGCCAGUUAUGAGCAGUCCAAGAGAGAAGCCAGAGCCCUCGCACAGAUGCUUCACACAAACACAAACUUCACAAUCACACAGUUCUGGAGAGAAGUGUUUACUGACUGAGAGCACAACGAGAACUGGAUCAUAGCCGUUUAUGUCAAUUUCACAUUUGUGGCCUUUAUUUUAGGAGGACAAGGAAUGUCAAUGAAAUCCUAGGGGUGUUUUCAUGUUUUGUGGAAAGUUAUGUUAUACAUAACAUUAUCUUUAACAUACAAGAUUUUUAAUAUCUG